CUUGACUCAACUCCCCUCCGCCAUAUCGCUGCUUUCCAACGUCCACGGGCCGAAUGCGACAACCAUAAGCAGACGCAAUGAGAAGGCAGAACAGCAGCUGCGACCAGUGCCGCAAGGGCAAAAGGGCCUGCGAUGCUGGUGCACUCAAGGACAUCCAGCUAAGCCUGAACGCUGAUCUACAACAACAGACUGACUGGCAAAACACGGCCGGGCCAUGUUCUAAUUGCACCAAGACUCGAAAGACCUGCACGUUCAAUUGGGUUCGGUCGCAGCAAGUCCAGAUCCGUGAAAGGCGGCAGAUUUCUGAGAAUACCGGUUUGCCCGGUCGCAAGCGGUUCAAGUCGGGCGAUGAGACGGAAUCGCCUCCAACAGCAGAGCUAGGUGAAACCCAUAUGGGGGGGUUUCAACCGAUCGCUUCCGGCAGUACUCUCAAUUACUUGGAUGCCGAGUUACCUGGCAUUCCCAACUUCCCGGCCGCGAUGGACUCUCAACUAUCCCCGAACUUCUUUUCGUCGUCUCCUAGUGACUUGUCGUUCGAUAGCUCGUCGUUGAUAUUCCCGUCCUCGUCAGCAUCAGUCAGCAGUUUUUCAGACAUGUUCGACCUGGAUCAGGCCGAGAGUUCUUCUUCCAACAGCACCACCUCGAUAUCGGGCCUCAGUCCAGCUGCUACCUUAGACAUCGUGAAGACACGAAAACGGUCUUGGCGCUCGCAAAAGUCUCCCACCUCUGCGUACUCCGGAAUCUCCGACUUUUCGCCUGCGCAAAGGAUGAUCGCCCGAACAAACCACGGCUUCAUGACAGAUAACCUCAUGCGGCUUUACCAUGAUGUUAUGGAAGGCGCGUUAUCAUGCUGGUUGACCGAGCAGAAUUGUCCUUACCUGCCCCUGGCCAAGGUCGCGAAACAGACCCCGAGUCUGACAGACACUCCGUCAUAUGGAUCCGCUUCAGCGCCGCCGAACCUACCAAACAGGAUCUUCAAACGCGUCGUCAAGCUCGAUAAGUCUCUCGGGUCCCUUGGGAUUAAACCGUUGAGUAGUCUGGAGGAUAAAAAGGCUACAAAGGCGCUUCACCUCGCGAUUAUGGCCUUCACCGCACAGUGGGCACAGGGAAGCCAGAGGAGCCAAGAGCGAUACCAGCAGCGAAAAGUGUUCGGCGAAGACGUCUUUUCGAGUGAUCUUGGGGAGGAGUUUGACACGACGCUUCAGGUGUCGUUCUGGCACCAGGCCAGGAGGUGCCUGGACGACUGUGCUGGGAUCGGCUCAUUCAAGGUUGCUCUGGCGGAACUGAUCUUCGGCCUCACCCAGAAGCACACCAAAGAGUCGGAAUGGGACGAAUAUGAACUCGAUCAGUCCAUGCCGGGCCAGAGCGAAGAGAUGGGGGGUGAGGGGUCCUUCACGGCAAGCAGGGUCCAGAGGGUUUUGGACGAAGACGGGUACUCAAUCUACCUCGAACGCGCCGCCAGAAGGGUCCAUGUCCUCAAAUAUCAGUGCGAAAGUUUCGAGAGGAAAAAGCAGAAACCCGGAGAAGAGCAGCCGGCCGGGGAGGAUGAAAACACGGAAGAGAAAGCGACCAUGAAAAUGGUCUACUGGAUGGCCAUCAUGUUCGACACGCUCUCGGCCGCCAUCGCGGAGAGGCCGCCCACGGUAUCGGACGAAGACAGCAAAGAAAGCGGCAUGCAGCUGGCCGUGGCGCGCGGACACGAAUACUUCUCUUCGAUAUCGGACGAUGAACGGUGGAACGACCGGAACAUCAUCAAGAGAGAUCCGAAUUUGGCCCCGUUACGACUGCCCUGCUCCGAAGAAGCUAUCUCGAAGGAGCUCAUCGACGCGGCGCCCGUCAAGGUUCUCUUGUUCCGGAAGAUCACGCGGAUACAGAGCCUCUCGUCUCGAGGGGCCAGUCAGAGCGCGGUCGAGGAUGCCAUCCAAGAAGGCCUGGCGGUCUACCGCUACUGGGACGUGACUUACAGGCCAAUGUUCCAGGACUGUCUCCAGAACCACAACACGCUGCCGCCAAAGAUCCAGAGCUGGUACGUGCCUCUCCUUGGACACUGGCUGCUCGCCGUCAUGAUAAUGGCGGACUGCAUCAAACUCCUGGACGAGCGGCGCCUGAGUUCGCCUCCGCGAGCCGAGGAGCGAGCCGAGACCGGGGCGGUUGACCAACUCCGGCAGACGGGCAUGUGGGCGGUGUCCGACCUCGCAAGGGCUUCGACGCCCCGGGACGACGACAUGGGGAGACUGGCGAGCUAUCACCCGGCGGUGAACGAGGGCGCCCUGCUGACCGAGCCUUGGACGAUGGUCUUGAUCAGAUCCUUCGCGACGGCCGGCAAAUCGUUCCUCGACGACGCGGCCGAGGCCGGCAACGCGGGCCUUUCCAAGUACAGCUCGCGCCUGGAGAUGCUCGGCAGAUGCGAAGACUGUGUCAAGGCCCUGUGGUACCUGGGUCGAAAGUCGAGCAUUUCUCGGCAGGUCGCAGGGAUCUUGGGGGCCGGGUUGGACGCCGAGCGGUCCAAAGUAUUCAAUCUCGCAGGAGGCGCUCCGGCAUAUGAUCCGUUGGCAUCAUUCAGCUCAGUCGGUGGCUUCUGACCGAAGACGGGGAGGAUGGGACUUUGGAAACGGAGAUGGAAGGCAUAACAGUUGCCUUUAAAAGGUUGUGAGACUCGAAGGCAAUGAUCUGAAGUGGUUCGUUCCCUUGGUUGUCAGGAAUUUUGUCCCGUGAGGUUGUCGUGACAUGACCAUCGACCAACCCUGAAGAUUCAACAUCGACAUCUGUAGGGGGGGAAAUACCACGAAGUCGUAUGUUGCCCACGAGAGAGAGGUACUUGUCGAAGAAGGCAAGAAGGCCUCUAAUUAACCGUAUAUAUAGACCGAACGGUUCCGAGUUGUAGUGUGUUAGACGUCUUGUGGUUGAGUAUGCGAUCGCAGAGAAAUGAUAACGAAUUUGUAAAACAUCUCGAUGUAACGGUAACGUGAGACGGACAUCAUGAUGUAUACCAGAGGCUUUGCUCACUCUCCAUAGCGGGAAAACCGCGGCUGGCGCC